UCUGUUUCAAAAGGCAGGUGUAUUUGCAAUCGAAAUGGUUGAUGUCUGCGUUUCCUUUGCACAAAAAGUGAAACAACGUGUUUAUUUUCUCAAGCAAUCAAUGAGAAAUUUUGAAAAUGACUCAGCUGGAACAUGUAUAUGAAAGGGUUUGAUUGAUAAAUAUGGGGAUGUCAGCAGGAAAUAUCGCAUUUUUUGGCGCAGCAAUUGGUUUUAUCGUGUUUCAUAUUCUCGUUUUUACUAACCUCACUGCUAAAUUACAAACAUCGUUACAAAGAGUUGAUGAUCUGGAACAAUUAUUAAAAAAUGCAACAAAGAAAUCCUCUGCGAACUCAAUAACGUCAAGUUGUCUGGAUGAACUUAAAAUGAGAUUAGACUCUGAACUCGCGACUGGUGACAUUAACGUAAAAGUCUUGAGGAUACUGCGAAAGAUAAAACGUUCAGAAAAGAGAAUAGAGAACUGUAUUGUAAAUUUAAGAAACAAGAGACAAUCAAAUCCUUCACGGCAGACGAAUUCAAACAGUAAUUGUAAAUGCAAUGAAGUAAAAUAUGCCCUCUAUACAAUAUGGGGAGUUAAAAAAUGCCCUGCAAGCAGUCAGAGGUUUUAUCAUGGUCAAAUGGUUACGACGGAUGGUAGCGAUUACAUCUGCCUUCCCGAUAAUCCAGAAGAUAUCCCAAUCAAAGUAACGAAGACGAAGGGACGUACCUUAGGGAGCAGUGUCUUCAUCCGUGGAGUAACUUAUGAUGAUAUUGAAGACACAGUGGUGCGUUUGUCAGGACCAGUCAGUAACAACAAAACGAUACCAUGUGCUGUGUGCGCUCGUAAAGGGAAGUCAAGCAGUAAAAUGAUCUAUUCAAUGCCCAAGACAAUGAGAAAGAUGGGCAUCCAACGUGAAUACUUUGGAAUUCUUAUGUCUGCGAAGAAAUCCAGAAAGUUCGUAUGCCUUUCGGUGGACGCGAGGGGAUACGAUGGCAACAUGACUAAGACUAACUGGAGACAGUUGAAUACCAUCAAACUUCAUCCUGCUGAGCUUAGAUGUAACUCAAUGUAUUGCGAAGUUAAUAACAAAACAUACAAUGAUGGACAUCGAGUGAAAUGUAUGGUUGUAACAUUUUGACCAAAUGUUCGAGGACAAAAUAGAAAUAUCAGCAUGUUCAAAGUUUGUAUGGACAACGUAAGUUCAGACCUCAGUCAGUUUAACGACCUUGUCAUGCAUACCCACUUCAUUCUUUUGAAGGUUUAAAUGUUGCUCUGAACAUUGUUUUUUUGGCGUAUACAUGAUGGAACUGGAAAAUACCUUUUGUUCAAUGUAUAUUUAUGCAACAUUAAGAUAUUUUUGUCUGUGGACAAUGAGGUGUCGUUUCAAGGGGUUUACAGGGAAUGAUUCAUUGGAGAGAUUUUUAACAAUAGACUCCUCCUAGAACUUGUACUAAAACGAGCGGCAUUCCCGUUUGCCAUAGCGCAAAAACGCCGAGAAAUUACAUCCUUUGUCUAUAGUUUUGAA